CGGCAGCCGGCACGCUGUCGUCGCCGCCGCUCAGUGACUAGUGCACCCUACGUGCGAGCAAGUGUUUUUCGUCGUCGACUCUCUCCGUGUGGCGCGAGAGAGAGAGGAAAAAAAAGAGAAGCCUCGGUGUUGCGUGUGUACGCCUCCUUGCAUCGUUGUUUCUCGUUCUCCUGUAUACAAAGAAUCGCCGGGAAACGGAUCGAAAAUUGCGUUCGACGCUGCGCGCGCUACGCGCCGGUGACCCUGACAUUCGACGGCGAGCAGACGCACGGUGCCGGUAAGAGGAUAACCACGAGUUAAACAUCGUCAAAUGACAGUCCGUGCCGUGAAAGAUCACCGGUUGACGCGCGCCUUUUUUCACCGAGUACCGAACACAACCGCUGCGUGUCUCUGCGAUUUACUACGCGUCACUUUGCGAAACAGCCGCGGCAGUCGUUGAAUGGAUGUGCGUCAGACGACACGGCCGAGACGCGGGAACUGCGUGAAGAUGAAAAAAGACCAGUGUGUGUAUUCAAACGCGACGGAGUUGCUAAAGGAGAGGUACGUUUUGACGUCGAUUCGAGAGGCGAUGGCACCGCGACGUCACGCGAACGGUCACGCCGUGUUGUUAGAGAACGGUGGAGGUGCCGUCCUCAACGACACGAUGGAGAACAAUCUUCUGGGACAGAGCCAGACGAUCCGAUGCUGCACGCCGACCGGCGAGUGCCUCCGCGGCGACGCUCUGAUUCGGCUGAACGCUCUCCACGACGCGGUCAAGGUGACGUGCAAUAACGAGAGCUGCCCGGUGGGUCAGUUCAUGCAUCGCGAGUGUUUCGACGCCUGGGAACAGACCGUGCUGACUUAUUUGAAAAGCUGCGGCCGCGCCCGUAGCUGGUCCGAGAGGCAACGUCAUCAGAACCUCUGGACCAAGAAGGGUUACGACCUGGCGUUCAAGGCGUGCGGUUGCCGUUGCGGUCGCGGACACCUCAAGAAGGACUUGGACUGGAUGCCUCCGGGUACGGGCAACGCGACCGGCAACCGGCAAGACGAGAACGAGGCGAAAAAAAAGAAACGACGCAAUCGGCAGAACACCAGGCCGUCGUUGGCCGUUUCGGCCGGUCCACCCAGCCACGGGAAUCACGUUUCGGCGAACGGUCGCGGUACCGAGAUGCAGUUGAUCGAAUCCGGCCGCGGAAGGGCCGGCUCGCUCUCCUCCAGCACCGGUUCCAGCUCGCCACCGGCCACCAGCGAACCCAGCGUCAGCCCCCUUCAUCAACCGCAGGCUAUCAUGAAAAAGAAGAGCAAGGUCGAUUUCUUCAGUGAUCGAGCUCGGCAAAGCUGCGGUGCAAACGGGAUCUUCUCACGUCGGCUGGACUUCAGCGCGUUCAACAGCCUGCCCCGGACCAAGCUCAACUCCUAUCACAUUAAGAUGGAGGACGAGGGGAACCACGGCAACGACGACACCAGAUGCUUCAUACUCUCGACGCUGGCCGCGUUACAAUGGUCCAGGGUGUCCUGCGUGCUCUGUAGAGCGCCCAUGCUCGUCUUCGACAGGUACCCAUUGGUCGACGGCACGUUCUUCCUCUCACCCAGGCAGCACUCGCCCGCAUGUGCCGAGGUGAAGGUCGAAGGUCGCACGCAGUUCUUGUCGGCAGUCUGCAUGAGCUGUCUCGAGGGCAGCGGUGGACAACCUGUCCGUUGCCGUUGCUGCACCCAACCGUGGGACGGGUCUAGUUUGGUCCUUGGGACCAUGUACAGCUACGACAUCUUCGCUGCUAUGCCUUGUUGCACCGAACGGCUCAAGUGCAACAGCUGCCAGAAGCCGCUGAUCUAUCCGCACCAGCGACUGAACUUCUACUCGGACUACAGCCGGGUGUUCGCGUGCCCGCAUUGCCGAGCAGUGGACGCCCACUUCGUGAAGCCGCUCUCGGUCUGCUUCACCCGCGAGCCGUUCCAGCUUUAUAGCCAGUGGCCGUAACCAUUAGGGAACUUAGCUAACAACCAGCGGCGGCUUCGUCUUCUGAGCACCGCGACUACCACUAACCACCCGCGUCGUCCCCUCUUCUUCGACCCGUUGAUCUCCCUGCUCCGGGCGACCUUGCUCUAGAUCCGUAAUCAGAUCGUUUUUCUUUUUUUCUUUCUCAAAUUGAUCCUGAAGAGAAGAAGAACGAGGACGAAGGAAGCGAGAAUUUAACGGACCUGACACUUUGCUCUUCUGUAUCUCAUUUUGGGACGAGUUUUCUUUUUAAUUUCGUGAUUGUUCAAUUCGGGACAUUUUUUAAGCAGGCGACGCUGAUAGAUCGAUGAUACACAAAUUCUUUAUGUUUCGUUCGUCCGAUGCGACAGAAAUGUCUGAAAGUAGUAAUGUUUAAAACAUAAAAUCAGUAACGUGUGAAACACAGAUUCCCUGGGAUGGACAUGGAAAAGAGAGUGUCAGGUCCUCGGAGCUCCCGUAGCAGACGACGAUUUAAGGUUUGUUCAUUUUCUGUGUCGAUAGUAGAUUUAUCUAUGUUAAUUCAGCGCGAGGGACGGGUCCUGCGUUUAGGACUGGGAGGAUCGACAGAUCGACGACGUAUCGACGUGGCGAGCGCGAUUCGCCAGAGCUUAGUUAGAGAGUGAAAGAGGAGCCCUGGCACGAAAUUAGGGCCAAGAACUGAAAUCAGUAUUACCCGGUAAGGACGAACAGAAAAAAUCCUAGAACUGUGUCCGUUUUGUAAUCUCGGUCUUCUACUUUUAGUUGAAAUUCUUAGGUAGUCUCGGUUUAGCGUGCGUGCGUGUAAAUUGUUUUUAGUUUCUUUUCUCGGUGACGUGAUUAGUCGAAUUCGAACGGACGAAAUUUAUUAGUAGAUAGGGUAGUGUAUGCGAAAUAAAUUAUCCUCGGAAACGUUUUGCGGUUUAGCUAAGAGAAAUUAGGUUUAAAAUAGUUUUUUCGGGAGCGUCGAAACGUCGUCGAUACGCGAUCGAGAACGACAGAGUCGUCCCUGGCGUCCCAUAGGUCGAAUUGCGUUAACCGAACGGUGAAAAUAAAAUAAAGCAAACGGACAAAUUACAAAGGCAUACGCAGACUAGUGAAGAUAACGAAAUAAAAAAAAAAAAAAGAGUCAGACUUCCCUAUAGUAUAUUACGUAGGUGUGCAUGUAACGAGGCAAGAAAAACAGAAAACAAGAAAAAAAGUACGACGGUCACUUAGAACGAAAAUGGGGAAGAGAUGAUAUUGAGAACUAUCGUUUGUUACUUAGAUAAUCGAGAACGUUGUUUUUUUUACAUUUUAUUAGUUUAUACGUUUACGGCGGCCAUGUUGAUUUUGUUUAAGGAUCUACGACUCGUUCGAUGGGUUUUCACGUUGAUCGGCCGGGCGCCCGGCGAUCCACCGCCUUGUUACUUAUCCAUCGUACCUUCGCUCUUCGAUUCUCCUUACCAGUGACGCAACGAUAUCUCACCGGUUAGUAGACCUCUCCACGUUCGGUUUCCACGACUUUUUCCUUCCCCGUUUCGAUUUCGAAGGGUGGUCGAAAGCCACGGGCGCCCGUACUAGCCAGUGUAAAUACGUAAUUAAGUGGGAAACACGUUCUUCGGCGAGAGGGAGAUGGAACGAGAGCGAGGCAAGAGUUGCCAGGGUGAGAACGUAUGAGGAACGUGAACAGGGAGAGAGAGAGAGAGAGAGAGAGAGAGAGAGAGAGAGAGAGAGAGAGGGAAAAGAAAGAAAAGUUGGUUUUUCUGGCGAUGCUGGUCGUUGCUGUCCAUCAAUAGCGGCCGUCCCACAAACAGACCGCCCACCGUUUUUCCCAAGGUAGUAUAGUCGAUCGUGUACCUUCUUUGCGUUACUUCGAUUUAAGAAAGAGUGAAAAGAAAAACGUAUACUUAAUCCAUUUCUACGCCGGAGAAUAUAUUUAGGAGUUUUUUUUUUAAUAAAUGUGUCCCGUAGUGGUUAUCUAAGAGUGUCCGGUGGAUCCCGUCGCGGGUUGUUCCUCGAAUCGCGUUUCUCGCGCGUUCAGUCCCCCGACCCCUUACACAAAAUUCAAGCCUGGAGACGAGUUCGUUUAGUUUCAAUUUGGUUGAAUCGAUCGCAGUGAUUUGAAUAAAAUUGGAAGCAAAGUGCUGAAUAGCGUGGAUCCAAACGUCCUACUGUGUUCACUUUGAUUUGAAUUUUGACUCAUACGUUUCAACCAAAAUGAAAGGCCUGAACGCGCGUUUAGAGUUUAACGAGGACCGUUGUUUUUAUUGCACAAUUUUCCUUUCGUUUCUCCGGGGAACGGGAUUCGCGGCAAUUCGUGGCGGGAUUCAUCAAAACAGAGCACACGUACACUAUACGAGAGCGAGAGGUAGCGUGAAUGGAUUACGAGUGGAAGAGAGCGAGAAAUUACGAGAGACAUAGUGGGAUUAAAAAAGUAUAAAAAAAAAAAAGAAAAAAAUAUGACGGGGAGUAUUCGCGUAAGGAGGCACGAGCGCGAGUCAAACGAGUACACGCGUGUACGGAAUCCUUUCUUACGAUCUUGGAUACCCCGAACACACAGACGCGAGCCGAACAGUGCGUUAUUAUUAUCAUCAUCGUCGUAGUCGUCGUCGUCGUCGUCAUCCAAUUUUGCCACGCGACGAAAACCGCGUUUUCUCUUCUCGUUCAGUUUCCUACGCGCUUUACUUCCUUUUGUCGGCGAGCCCUCUGUGCUCGCGCAGUCGUGCGAGAGAGAUCGGACAGUGCGAACAAGGAAACGGCGGCACAACGGAGGGAACCGUCGUCUCUCGUUUGCGUUUUUUCUCAGAGUGCCAAAUGGAGGACAGGACAGAGGAGGAGGAGGAGGAGGAGAAGGCAGGAGAAAGAAAAGGUAACGCCGACAAUAUUUUCGUUCGUUCUAGUUUUCUUAGACAAUACGUUCUGACCCUUUGGCUGCUGGCGGUACAAAAGUAAACCCGACUUAACCUAUCCACGCGAUUGUACUGCAGAAAUUUUUUUUACCGAAACUCCGACGACUUGAAUAGAGCAAAGCGAAACGAAAGUUCACAAGUUGAAGAAAACUAUUGAAAUUCCUAACAUAUCAUUCGACGUACAACUGAAUGAAAAUAUCGUCGACGAGAAAAGAUUGUCGGCUGUUUCCAGUUGAUCCUUAACAGUUCUAAUAAUUUUCGUGUCCCUGGUGAUUCUCGACAUAAUAAAAGGUACACACGUGCGCGAAUUCGUUUCGGUUUUAACGAGAAGCUCGCGUGUGCUACGAUUCCGGAGCGCGGAUAAGGGAAUAAGGAGAAAUAGAGAGAGAGAAAGAGAGAAAGAUAAAAUGCUUUUCGAAGCGCGCGAGCGCGCCUACUUUUUGUACUCCCUACCGUUUUCAAUUUUCGCUACGCGGUUCGCGUUGUUAAAAACACUAUCGCAGGUGCGACUUUCUCGUAUCAUCGGUUUCAGUGUCGGUUCCUCGAAUCGAAUCGAUCGGCCGAGGCACCUGACCCGAUUUGUAAAAAUGAUUAGUCAGUUUCUAACCGUCGACGUGCCCUUGUCUACGAGAGACGUGCAGUGAAAUUUUCUCUUCUCAUUUUACAUUUCAAUCCUCGAAACGUGGAGUUUAUAUGAAAACUGAUUCAAUUUUAUGAGUCGUCAUCUAAAUUAUAAGGUGCGCGGUGAAGUGAACACUGCAUGCGAAUAUUUUCUUUGGGACGUCGACGCGCGUGACACGCACUCGCUCUGUAGUUGCUAAGGCUAAAGAAACAUUAAACCUAGGCUAAACCUUUUUUAUUCACCGAGUUAUCGUAACGAUUUUUCUAUCUUUGAUAUCGAUCGCGCUCGAAUCGACGUUGCGACGAACGGGUCGAGGAACCUUAAAUCGGGGAGGACGCGACGUAAUUGUAACAGAAUACGGUUUUCCCUCAGUUGACGAAUCUACCUCGAUCCGAGCGAUCUGCGUUCGACGCUAGUUUUCCGAGGCCCGUUAGGGUCGCCUCCGGAAAAUUUUUCUCCCCGAGCGACUCCGUUCGUUCGACGACGUGCGGGUUCAGUCGAUUUUCUAUGUCAGUGUUUUUUAUAAUGGGAGACACGUGGACGGGGGGUGGUCGCCUCUUUGAAAAUCUCAGGGAAAGAAGGGGCGUACGGUCCGCGUUCGCGUCCCUCUCAAAAUUUGUAUCGAUCGUCGUAAUCGUGUCCGUGAAUUCUUCUAAUAAUUAAUUAAUUAAUUAAUUAAUUAAUAGCACAUCUAUAUGUCACGUUGAGGGGGGGUUAAGGGGGAUUGCGAUGGGAGAAGACAAAUUGUGAAGAAGCGGGAGACGUUUUUUUAACGGGGGUAGUUUAGAGAGAGAGGGGAGAAAAAGGUUAUGAAUGGUUGAACUAUGAAUAGAGUUUAGCAUAUAGUCAUUAUGUGGAGGGCGGGAAGAGAGGUUUUCGAAUCAUCGAUAGAGAAAAGAUAUCGUAAGUUCGUUAGAAAAACGACAAGGUUUUUCAUAUUUCUAGUUAAGGGUGGACUUCCUUCAUUAUUUCGUCCGUCGGCCGAACCGGUCGACGCCCAAAGAGAUAUCUUUGAAUUUCGUUGAAUAUUUUAGAGACUCGGCUCUAAUGCCUAAUUUAUAUUCAUCGAGUAAAAAAAAAAAACAGAUAAAAUAACAAUAAUCAGAAUCGUGCAGGUCAUCAUCCGGUGCACUAAAUCGAACAAUGAAAAGACGAGUCGAUCACUGACGCGAUUCAGUUUCCUCUUUACUCGACCGAUGUAAAUUAGGCGCAACUCGGUUAUCGCUCGUCGCCACGGGUUCUCGUUCUUCUCGUUCUCUCGACGAGUCUCACGUUCUCGUUAACGACCUUUCGAUUUGAAGAAGUAAAUGGUAAAAAAAGGAAAGAAGAAUACGAGGGGAAGAUUCGUAUCGAGAACCGUUUCCAGCGACAGGCUACGGUGGAUGCUGGACGAGGGAAUUGACUGAAGGAGAAGAACGGGGGCGGCGCGAGGAAGGAAAGGGAAGGGAAAAAAAAUUUUUAUCCUGCAAUUUAUAUAUCGGUUGUUCUUCGAGGUCGUUCUUUUUUCACACGCGGACAGUUCGACGCGGUUUCAAAUAAUCUAACGAGAAGAUAAAGUAUAUAAAUAUAUAUAUAUAUAUAUAUUAUAUAUGAGAAAUAAAUAUGAAUUAUUAUUAUAUAUGAGUCUACGUUCUAAGGAUCGGUUUUUUGUCUCUUAGCGUUUAAGAUUCUCUUUACAGCUGUGCUAGACAACUAUAGGUAUAUAUAUUGUAAUACAUAUUAUAUAUACAUUAAACGACAUUGAUACGGUAAAUUCACGCAUAUGUAUUAACGUAUAGGAGGAUGAGAACAACGGCCUGGCUGCGUAAUCAGGCUCUUCUUAGGAAUAAAGGACACGUCUUAUAUCCAUUUAGCGAUUAAACUGUGUAAAACGUUUUACAUAGAGUUUUAUAGACGCGUCGGGCGAUCGGGUGGUUGAUUCAUCGAUCACGCACGGCGGUCAAUUUUCUAAUCCAAGGGACAAUAACGCAUACCGUCUGAUCAAAAUUUCCGUACUCCACUUUACGAAUAGUCGAAUCGACACGAUUUCUAACAGAGGAUAAAUGAAUUUAGGAAAUCCGUAAAAGUUGACAUCAGAUGUUCAACGAGAUUAAAGCACCGUGCUUGCGUCGAUCGGUGAACAUCGUCACACGAUCCUUCGCUGUAGUCGGUUUUUGAUGUCUGUGACACGUACACGUUACACACAUACUGUUACACUGAAACGAACACGCGUAUAUGUAUAUUAUGUAGGGGACAGCAGGUACACUUACACACGGACACACGGAGGAGGUACAUACGUAGAGAAGUUGAUGUCCUUUCAGUAGUCGCGAUUUAUGAAGUCGCUGAGCCGCGUGGACCGUGAUCAGAAGAGAGAAAGCGCGUUCGAGCUUUUCUUCUUUUUUACGCCCACCCUCGUUAACGUUUUAACGUCGCUCGUUAGUCCAUUUUUAAUUUUCACUUCCCCUUCCCCGAGGACUUUCUUCGUCCGACAGAGAUCUUAUCUUCCUGUCGUCUGUAAAAACUGUAUUAUUUUUUAUCUAAUGAUCUGGUUGAUUAAAAUGCUUAACAAUUGCGUUUUGAGUUAGAGAAUUUUUUUUUUUUCGGUUCGAGGAGGGACACUUCGGGAAGGGGAAUGCGCGCGAAAUGGUGAUAAUUUUUUGUGAUCAGCGUAUUACACGACACAAUUACGAUACGUGCAACAGGCUGCAGACCGGGUAGGAUAGUCAAAUACCGGUCGUCGUAGCCGCACUUCUAGUUUUAUUUCUUCUUCAAUUUCGCAUAUUAUAUAUAGUUAGUCGGCUUUUCCCAUUUAAUUUUCCCAGAGCGGAGAUACCUUAGGAAUUUUGUUAGUUAAUUGCAUCGAUGACGCUGUGUCACGCGAAUCAGAGCCUCUAACGAUUUCUUUUAAGCGUCGUAAAUAAUAGAAAACGAGUCCAUGGUACAGUGUCUUUUUUUUUUUGUCCAUUAGUCGAGUCGCACUAAUCAUAUAGGUUUCGAGUUUUUAAUUAGAGAAUUCUCGAAAUUGCUCGUACAGCGGAGAAGAGACUACGGAAAUACCUUGAUACCUCAAGUUAUUAAUUAUUAUUAUUAUUAUAAAUUAUGGAUUGGAUCGUGACCGUCGUCCAUCGGUUGUAGACAGUUCUCGGAACGAUCGUCUCGCGUUUUUCUCGUUUUCCAGCCGCGGGUCAGUGUCGGGCGAGACGCGGACAGUGCUGAGUGAUUGGGAAUGGCAGGAGUGUGUGAGAGGGUUCGAAUAAAAUGAAUAAAGUAAAAUGGAAAAGCAUUUAACCGAACGUCGCGAAUACUUGUCCAUCGACAAAUCGCGAAUUUAUCGAAAGACGUACAAAGUGAGAAAGAGAGAGAGAGAGAGAGAGAGAGAGAGCGAGAGAUGGAUACUAUCGAACAAGAACGUGAAACCGGAAGCGCGACGGACAGCGGGUGAAAAUCGUUUCGGUUUCGCGUGCGUCGAGUCCCGAUUAAGUUUUGACAGAUUAUAAAUCUCAACCCCCCCCCCUCCCUUUUUGCAAACGCUGAUUCAGAGGCCACCGUUUAUUCUACUUGCCCGCGUUACACGACAAAAGAAUCAGGGAAGCAUUGAUUUGUUCCACGGUAAAUAUGAUGCGCGUAAUUUAAUGUGUACAUUGCCCGAAAGAGAGAGAGAGAGAGAGUGAGAGAGUGAGAAAGAGAGAGAAAAUUGAAUAUGGUGUUGUUAUGAUACUGAAACGUGUUACGAACGACGAAGAAAUUUUAUCGAGUGCGCUACUGGAGAGCGAUAGAAUUUUUGUUUUUGUCUCGCGGACGGCGUUUAAGUUUUUUUACCCUGUUUCAAGCCUUGCCUCUCGACCCAACCUGCGAUCUUCAUUUCUCAAAGUGGCGUCGAAAAAUACUUAACACUAGCUCUCGAAAUUCAAACGUCUGCCUCGACGGAAAAACAAUACGAACAUUUUCGGAGGGCGAAUAGUUGUCGCUCGAAAUUUUCCGAUCGAGGUCGGGAGGCAAGGCCCGAUCGCCGACCACGCAAAUAGUACACACACCGGCUGUCUUUCACACUCUAAAGAGAAGGAAGGGCUCCCGGCGAAUCGAGCAGGAUCUACGAUUUCCCAUCGUGAACGACGCGGGGUGUGGAUUCACAUAAUAUAUAGUAUACGUGCAUGUACAUAUGUCGGUGCCAAAUAUCGCGUUGAACGGGGUUGCUGUUAACCAUUAAACAACUUUCUAAAGAAACUUUUUAAUAAUCGUAUGUACAGAGUCGAAAUUUGCUCAACUGCGAAAAGGAGAUAAAACGUAGCACCCUCUGAGCCGUAAAAGAAAAGAAACUAAUUUUUUCAAGAAACUCGUUUCCCUCUGGAAGUCAGGAGACCUCGUAAAAAAAAAAAAAGAAGAAGAAAUAGUUCACGUUAACCUGGGAGCCCGACCGUAAUCGAGCCGAUUGGGGAUAGGUUGGCUAAGGUACAAAUGUAUAUAGGAACAUAAUGUUGUUAUUUAACCUAUAACACCUGUUCCCGUUUGCUGCCUCUUGUGUUUCGCGAUUGCAUUAAAAAAUUUCCAACUGCAAAGUGUGCCGGUUAUUAUGAGAUCGUUCCAAGUUCAAUUAUAUCGAGAAAAAAAUUCUCCAAUAACGAAGUACAGCGCGAGUGAAAAAUUUUGUUUCUUUACUUUCAUAAUAACCGGUACAGACAAUCGACAGAAUGAGAACAAGGAAAUGGUUCUGAAAAUUGAAAGAGUAAGAUCUGGAGAGAGGGACAAGGGGGAGCAGACGCGUAGGAAGGGUGGUUGCAAGGCAGAGGAAGGAUAAGGCGGAGGAGGAGAGAGGAGGAGGAUAUCGCAGGCAGAGGAUCGAUAAGUUAAUCGACGUGUAGCUGCGUAGACAAUUGGUUCACGGCUCCUUCCAUUCGCUUCCAGUCGUUGUCGUUGAACCCGUCCUACGUUUCGAUUUAUUCCCUUUCAUCCCCCGGCCCUCGCUUCGUUUUCUUUUUUACGAGCCAGAAUCCAAUCGUUCGCAGAGAGAGAGAGAGAGAGAGAGGAACGAGUCUCGUUAUGGGAAUGUGAGUAAAUUCUAUGAAGGAAAAACAUAAGGUACACGUACAAAUAAUUAAACUCGUACACGGCUUCUAUUACUCGUCGCGCACGAUUUUUCCGUUCUUUGAUGUUGUGUCGUGUCUUCGUCUAGUAUUUCCUCAGGAUUGGUGAUGGGCGUUCGAGUUUUGAAUCCCUUCGAGUGCCCGAAUCGGUGAGACCGAAGGAAACUCGGAGUUAACACAAUUUCUCAAUAAUUAUCGUACAACGUAUAUUAUCUUAAUAUGGUAGCAUGCAAACUAAAACUGUCUAAAAUCGUAGUGGAGCGUAUAAUAAUUUCUCGAGACGAGUGUGAGUUACGCGAUGCCUCUGGCUCGAGUGUCAGUGGGCACUCGAAGAGGAUGAAGAAAAGGUGAAGGAUAAUGGAUAGAACGCUCGUGCAACGGUCGUAAUUAAGCUUUCACAGCUAGGACGCGUAAUUAAUCGUUAGUCGUUUAGGUCCGCCCUCGAAGUAUCGAAACCCGUUUACAGGCAAUUUCCUCAAGGGGUAAACCGACGUGUUUGAAUGGCGUGUGGAUGUGCUAUAAUCACCUACCGUUCCCCUCCCCCUUUCGUACAUCUAAUCGCGUUUUACUCUACGUAUAUACACGGUAUAUAGACGUAUACAUAGCGUAGCUAUACACAUAUGUAUAAGCUGUCGUCGUGUGCAUCGCUACUUCCCUUUGUAAGAGUUUGCAAAGUUUGCUCGCAUUCGCUUCGACCAUCGAGAUUCGCAAUUUUUCCUCGAUCCUGUAGUUUUUAGAAUUGCAAUAAAAAUAAAACUGAAGUGGAGGAAAAUGCGAGCAGAGUUUUCAACGCGAAUCACGAAGCGUAUUUGUAACACAGACUUCGUACUUCGCUUGCAACGUCUACGAGAAUUUUGACAAAAUGUUUGUAGAUGCGUCGUCAAUUGUAAAGAGAAAAAGGGAGAAAGUGGCACAUGUAACACUGUAAGAAUCGACACCAAUUAUUCAGCGACGUGCAUUUAAUUUCGGAUCCGGAGAGCGAGCUCGUUUCACAGGACACUCGGCGUAUUUCGAAACGAACAAAGCAACAGAGGGUACAGUCUCGCGGGGAAAACGAUAAGCAAUCUGAUUUUUUUACAUUAAAGUAAAAUCUAUAUGUACUAUUGUCAUAGGAUAAUCUUUUUUAUACGAUGAUGAAAAUUUCGGGCGCCAAAUCGCGGGUGAUUUCGUGACGUUUUCACUAGAUUUUAGAGCGUAAUCGAAAAAAGUAAAAGGAAUUCGGGGCAUUUUUAUUCGGCUGUGUUUAUUAAGGGCGUGGUAUCGAAAUUCUGAAAGGAAGCGAAAUUCUUGUAGUGUUCGGAUAAGGCUUUUUGCAGAUUUAGAUGAAUAAUUUUUGUACCCUAUUUUUUUAAGCGAUCGCCGAGGCGAUCGGGAAACGAGAUCGGGCAACAAGGGUCGUACGUUCUUUUAAAGAAGUAACGCGCUUAGGAUUUAAGUUUAGUUUAAGCGUCGCGUAAAUGCUGAGGAUCGAGACUCGUCGAGGACGAAAGAAGAUGAAAACGUGCCAUAGAGAGAGAGAGAGAGAGAAAGAGAGGAGAGUCGAAGGACCCUUUCGAAAAACUUUAAUCGCGACGCUCCCUCGAACUUUUGAAUGCACGAAGAGAUAAAAGGAGACGAGGGGGGGAGCAGUCGUUCGCAGAGACGAGAGAAAAGAGAUCAGAAACUCUAUCGAAUUGUGAAAUGAAAGAAAGCAUCGAAGAUUGAAUAAAAUUCAAAGCCCACGUUUUCUAGUUACACUACGCGUCUUUAGCUCAUACCGAUUAACCCUGCCGUUCUGUUCCUAAUACUUGUAUUAAAUAAUUGUAUAACGAUUAUAAUUUUCGCUAAGUGUAAUCGAAUUUUCAUUAGGUGUCGUAGAGUACGCGUAAGAAUAUAAUAUAUUUCAUUCUCGUAAAAGCAAGACGGACGGUCGGGCGUGGAGGUCGAACAGAACGCGGGGGUUAAUUCUUUAAUUAAACGUCGAUUGUAAAGUGCACAACGGCCAGAAGUAGAAAGGGAGAGAGACCGAUCGGAGGGCAUGUGGGAAGGAACAGGAGGGAAUCCAACAGCCAGGAGAGGAGGAGAAAAAGUGUUUAAAAAAAAACGUGGAAUAAUAAGGGAUCAUAAUAAGAAAAAAAAAACACGCAUUCGUGUGCAUUGCGAAAGCAACAAAUAAUCAAUGCUGGUAGUGCGGACCAAACGGGACAACUGACAGAGGUUGCUUUGAGGCAUGGUAAGACAAAGAGAAGAAUCGAGAACAGAGAAGUGAAAGAGGAAUUGGGAAUCAUGAAAAUUGAUAAGGCGUGGGGAAAAAAAGUAUACAGAGAGGUGUCGAGACUCAUAAAAUUGCCGCUCCAUCGGAAGUCAACGUCUAGAAAACUCGUUCGUAGUGGUUAAAGAAAAAAAAUUUUCACGAGGCGUGUGCUCUCUCGACAAUUUUUAACAGAGCCGGUCGAUCGAUUUUCCAUCUCAUUGAUGAAUCACCGUCUCUGGAAUACUCGAGCAAGAGGUAAAAAUUGUUUGAGAAAAUGCACGACUCGAAGAUCCAUGAUUGGCUACGUGGUAUUCGAAAGCGAUACACCAUUAUUAACGUUUAAGGCUUAAUACGAAAUUUUUCGAAUCGGACUCGGUGCGUUUAUUCUGUCAGGGUAAGUUCGCUGUCUCGUUGACGGUAUUAUUAAAGAGUUUGCGCGUUGUACGUUAAUUCUGUCUCAAAUAAAAAUACUAGAAUCACGAGUUUCGUCGUGUAACAUCGAGAACUGCUUACUGUUCUUAAUUUUCUGUAUUAAUAAUUCUUAUGCUCGUUCGCGAGACGAGCAGAUUCUUUUAAUUAGGCAUCGUAUGUUAAACUGCAGAGAGACAGAAUCCAAUGGUAACGACGCUUCGAAUGACGAAUGGCGCGCGUUCGAUAUAUAAAACGCAAUAUAUAAUCUCAAUUAAUCACGUUACAUAAUUAAUCAAUGUGUCGCUGUUUGAUAUUAGAGACUCAUCCUCUAGAUCGCAGACGCAUCGUUCAUAACAGUUACUGUCUCUACGAAGACAGCUUCCAAAAAGUCAAGCGUUUCUAAGCGGCGAGGCUCGUAUACAUAAUUCAUUGCGUAGAUUACCCUUUGCUAGUAGUAAUUAAAAUUAAUCGCAAGCUGAACUUCCAAUUUUCGCGUAGAAAACCAACGCGCGUUCACGUCGAUAUGUAAAUGAUUUUAAACGAUUCGGAAACACUUUCGUUCGUUUCGUUCCCGAUGAAACUGCAGGUUUGCAUUCAAAGAGAGAUUUAACAAUAGACUUGAACGCGCUUCGGUGGUAGAUCUGGAAUGAAUGGUACGAGUGAAUGCGAUUCGAACAUAAGGAUCCGUACCCAUCACCGUGAAUUCACGACCCGGAAAGGAGAGACAAGUUGGUUAACCAAAUCUUAACGGUCCGAAUUCAUUCUCGUCGAGCUUUUCUUUUCUGUUCCACCGCGCGUUUUGUGCGCACCGCUUUCCCUCCGUUCUUUUCUUUCUUCGACACGGGAGAACAAAAAGGAGAGAAAGGUCCACCGAAGGAAAGAGCUCUCGGUGUAAAACGGUCGACGAUCAUUGCAUUACAAAUGGAGGAGAACGAACAGGGAGCAAUGAGGAGGAGCAGCAGCAGUGAGGACGGGAAAGAACGAGGCGGGAAAAACAGAGAAACAACGUCCUUUUAUCUCGAUAUACCCCGUUGGCUUUCGCUGGGAGGAUUCUUUUUCUCGACACUAUUUAAUUUAAUUGGCAGACGUCUCGAGUGCUGCGCAAACGGAGGAAGAGAGAGACACACACCGGCCUCCGACCCGUCCUCUUCUUUCUUUUACCGCGGUAAAGAGGCACCGAGAAGAAUUUUGUCGGUUCAUGCGACAGGACAAUGAAUAAAAGAACAAGAAGAUGCCGGGACCGAUUACCGUCGAGGUUUAAUUGAACGCGUUGUUCCUUUACGAUCCUCCUCGUUCCCCGUGCUCGAUAUCUACGCGGUUUCCGUCGGACGAAUCCAUUUCAUCGAUAUUCACUGAACGGCGAUCAGACGCACGAUAUUGAAUUCGCGGAAAACACGCGUUCGAUUCGUCGGUGGAAGAACGAUUCGCUUUGUCCCCCCGUGAUAAGAGUACAAAUGUUUGUAAUUAUGUUCGUGCUACGAAAGGAAUGAGCAACAACGAGACGAAAGAAUUUUGAGAAUGUCGGGUGUGAACGAGGGUUAUCGAUUUCGUGUGAAGGAGCGUGCCAGUGAACGGGAGAAGUAUGAGGAAGUUAAUUAAUUAAACGUUAAAACGGUGUUUUCUUUUUCCCGGUGGUAGGCGUUAACAAUUGCGAUCUAACGAUACGAGAAAUUAGCAAAAUGAUCUAUUAUAUUAUAAUACUACGGUACGCACGUGCCGCAUACUUACCUAGCGUUAGGUCUCACUUGGACGUGUCGCGUACUAAACGAGGUAUAAUAUACACUACAUCAUAUAACUAUCGUGUACACUUAACGAACAUAAUAUAUAAAGCGAUCCAGACUGCCAUUAGCACUUAAGGCGCUGCAUCGCCCAUUUUUAUCUUCACUUACGAUUAGCUCGAAUUCUCUCAGGUAACCGCGUAACCACUUCUUACGCCCGUCAUGCAAAUCACUUUGAACCCCGCGACACAUAAAAGAUAGAUAAUCUCUUUUACAAUAUUAUACGAGACGAAGUGCGUAGAAAAUGUGUUUUCACGGCGAAUGUAUAUUUGGAGCCUGUCGAAGCACUAUACAAAUUACAAUUUUCGUCCUCUCUGACGAGUGGAAAAUAUAAUAGGAGAGAUCUACCAGGCUGGUGUCUUAAGUGAGAUUGGUGUAACGCGAAAGGAUCUAAUAGUCGUGUGUAUUAGAAAGCUUCGAGGAUGAUAUCAGUAAUCUCUUAGGUAGAAUUCGGUGUGUCUAUUUGCAUGCAACUUUUUCUAGCUCCAUUCUGUUCGGAGGAGAACGCUAUUCCCUUUCUUCUAUAGACGCGUGUCGCCUUCAAUUCUGUAAAUAGGGCUAAUCACAGUGACUCGCACUAACACGUUUAUACAGACAGCUCUACAAUUUUCUACUGGACGAGAUAACUGACACACAGUCGCUGAGUCAUAGCUAUAAUCCCGUGCGACUUGCUCGGUCGUAUUUUCUAUCGAUAUUUAGCAGCAAUUGAUGAAUUGAGAUACGGAUCAACAGUGGAUCACCGUUUUCCUGUUUCUCAAGCGAGUUACGAGAGGAGUCAAAUGGGAGCAUCGCUUUGAUCGAGGGCCUGAACAAAAUUAUUCGACGAAAUUGGCUUCGUUUGGUGCAGCAAGAUGGUUGACAGAUACUCUUGUUGCGGUUUUCAACCAACGAACCCCGCGACUUUUGGCUAGAGUUAAAUGAGAUACCGCGGGCUCCUUCGAUUUUAGCGCGACGCGAAUUUUGACGACUCUCCGCGAACGAGCCGAAGAACACAGUUUCCGGUGGCGAACAAAAACUGCCGACAAAUAAGACUAGAUACAAACAUAACUCCAGCCUUGAAUUUUUCCAGCGGCGGCACUUUUUGGCCGCGUUUUCGACGCCCGUUGUCUACUAUCCGACUCCAUCAGACUGAUCUUUAUUAGUCGUAGAAAUGAAAAUGAACGCGAGGCUGUCGCGGAUUGGGAACGGAUUUGAAAUUGCAGAAUUCCUCGGCGGACGAUCGAUUUGAAAACGGGGGUAAAUUGGGGAAUUGAGGAAUUGCGGCAGACAACGCCGGCCCGGCGGCUCCAUAUCCGAACGUUCAAGAAUUCCUUGAUAGUUCGAAUAUCCGUAACCGUUUUUUACUCGAGCGUCGGGCGGGCGAUCGACGUCGCGUUUUCGUCGCGGACGAAAUAUAUUUUUGAUAAAAAUCUACUCGAAAGUGCUCUAAAAAAGAAAAAAUGGAAAAUUGACAAAAACACGGGGGAGGAAAAUUUGGAACGUAGUAGUGGGUAGAAGUAGCGGUAGCGGUAGAAAUAGAAAUAAUUAGCGUUAGGCGAGUCGUCCGUCGAGACAUUUUUUCGGCAAAAUUUCGACGUUUAAUUGGAACAGAACUUCUCAAUCUGCGACCACUCUGCUCGAAACAGUUCGAUAUAUUUUGUCUAAAAAGUCGACUGAGCUUUCGAUAGGGAAUUCAGGUAUUUCAGUAUCCAAGCUGGCCAUUGAAUAAAAAAAAAAAAAGAGAGAAAAUAGAAAGAGCAGCACUCGUUUUUGUAACUCGUGUCUGACUGCCAGUGGAAUUGGUCUCCUUCGAGAAUUUCAGGUCUUGCAAUGCUAAAGGAAUUUCCACUCUUGGAUCCUAUUCAGGUAUUUUCUAGUUAGAUACUUAAGAUUAGAACGACAAAUUCCACCCGCAAAGUGGAACUUGCAACGAAUUAUGUAGCUGCAACAAUAUUUAACCCCGUGUAACCCAUUUUACCUUUAUAGAAGAUUUAUAGGAAAUUGAUAAUUACCGUAAUUCGAACUCGAUGAAAGAUUAUCGUGCACCGCAGGGUGUCUUAAAAUCAUCUUUACCGAUCUCGACGGCUUACCAUAGUUAAAACGCAAAACCAUAAUAUAAAUAAAAGCCUGUCGACGGUGUCCUCACUCGUCGGCAUUAUUUAAUAGUUGUACCACUCGCGACUGGUAGCAGUUGCGGGCAGGCUGGCCACGUCUCAUUUUCACGUUGGCGAACAUCGAUCACGGCGGAGAAAAUAAACAAAGCAACACGAUAUAAUAAUAUAUGUUAUUAAAAAUGAAUGACUAUUAUCUCGCAGUGGAGAGACGAAAACAAGGUACACGCGCAUAUUAUAUUAAGCCGGCGUUUCUCUUAGCCGAGACACAACUCUAUUAAUUAUCAUUCUAUCGUUAGAGUAUAAGAAGUUGAUAUUUAAGAAUUCGUAUUUGUAAUGAUAACGAUUGUAUGCGAACUAUAAUAUUUGUUUGGUUGGCUUGAGGGGCGAGAGUCUAACUCGGGUGUUAUUUAGAUACUACGCUGUACCUUUAGCUGGCGGGCCAUCGCACCGGUGUUGAUAAUUGGAAUUCCGAUUUUCCUGGUCGAGUCGCGACCAAGGAAACUGAUCAACUUUAUUGCUUUGUCAGAUUCUAAAUCAAACGAAUCAUCUUUACGAAUAUAUAAAAGUUCGAAUCAGUCUGGUUUUUCUGAUACAUUCAACGUUGACAAGUGAAAAAUUGGGAAUUUGGGCGCGAGAUGGAUCAAAAAUCUAUGGACGAAUGUGUAAUCGAUGGAAGGUAUCGUACAAAAAAAGGGGGUGGAAACGUACCCUCGACGAGAAAGGGUUGUCGAGGGGAAUUGCUUCGCCGGAAUCGCAUUCCCGACGCUGGGCGUUGGAUCCGCGAUUAAAAAAAAAAAAAGGAGAGGCAGAGCGGUGAAACCGAGGGGAUUAAGAAAGUGAAUCGAGGAUACGUUCAGCCGUCGAGGCUGAACGCGUGAAGAAUCGCGGUGAGAAAAGAUUGUAUGAGAAGGGACGAUGGAACCGGUGUGCCCGUCAGCGACUUCGAGGGGGAAGAUAGAGAGAAGCGGAAAGUAAACGAAGAAUGAUUUAAACGGUUGAAAAAAAAAAUGGAGAUAUAGUAAUCGAUAAGCUGUGUCGAUCUAGUGCUUAACACGUGGUGCAGUCGUUUCUUCGAGACGUGGGAAACACUUAAACCGAGGCGUAAAACGAAGUAAUAAAAGGGAGAUCAAAUUCGAAUAAAAGGAAAGAAGUAGCGAGCGAAUCGCGGACGUACAAAAUAAAAUGUAAGAGGGGUUGCGAGAGAGAAAGAGGGAUGUUAGGUGGGUGGGUGUGUAGGAGUGUGGGAAAAGGUUCUGGGAGAAACGACUCGCCUUUAGUCUUUUAAUAUUUUACUCGAGGACGUUGCCGACGGUCUUGGCCGUUGACCCGAAUUUUCAGGGACAGACAGAGGGUCAAGGUCAUCGCGGUGGGUGUGCUUGAAACCGCCACGCCUUGCUCUUUCGAGAAACCCGUCGUCAUCGUCGCACUAAAUACGAGUUCGCGUUAAUUAAUCGAUGCUCUUAGACAGAGCGGAGGACACGGUCAAUAUGGUCCUGGCAGUUUUUCUCGGCUUACGCGUCAACCCUCUCGCGUUCUUACCCCGUCUCGCCGUUACUUUUCGCGAACCACCCCCCCCCCUCCAUCCCCCAGACCCCACAUUCCCGUUUCACUUCGCCGACGUUACUAUUUUGUUUCCCGUCGUGUUUGUACAUUGCAUUUCCGGUCGACGAGGGGUGAAAACCGACGAGAGGGCCGGCGCAUGCGAGUACUUGAACGUACCCUCGUAAGCGUUUAAAACGAAAACGCAUUGCGCCUAGGUUUAAACAAAAUAUUGAAAAAGAAACAAAAAAAAAAUAUGUCGGAGUGAAAGGAGAAUGAGUGUGUGUGAGAGAGAAAGAGAGAGGAGACAAAGCGACGAAGAUUAUGAGAUACGAACUCCAAUUUGUUAAAAGAAAACAAGAACACAUGAGCGCAUACGCAGACACACACACACACACAGAGUAAAAUACACGUCUAGUGGUGAGACGCGACGGUUCGUAAUUAAUUAAUUAGAAUUCGUGUGAGAACGGACAAAAAAGGGCGAACAAUUUAGCGUGUGAGGAUCGAGCUUUAUACCGCUUUUAUAUGUUUAGUAAUGGAAUACCUUACAUUAAAAGAGUAAAUGAACAAAAAAAAAAAAUAUGAAUAAAUAAAUGAUAAGAAUAAUAACGAUAACGAUAGUGGUAAUACAACAGGAAGAUGAGAAUCUACGCAAACCUGCUAUGUAAUUGACUAUUCUCUAUAUGCGAAAUACAUAUACAUAAUAUAUAUAUAAAUAAAUAUAGAUAUAUAUAUAUAUUAUUAUAAUGAUUAUAUAUAUUAUUAUGAUUAUUACGCUAUGAGAGUACGAGUAUGGAUGAUUUUAAGGAAAGUAUACAUAUUAUAUUAAAAUAAACUUUUUUUUAAUGCCACUAUCCUAAAGAUAAUGGUGAAACGAAGUGAAAUGAAAUGGAACGGAAAAAAAAAAAUA